AUGGCCAGUUAUACGGUCACCGAGUGGAAUCUCACUGAGAAAACGGUACGAGAACCAAUAAACAGUACAGCGAACUUUGUCAAUUUUUAUUCAGCCAGAAGAAAACGAUAAAAUAUCUCGAAACAUUGAGGAUCUCUGCAUUUUACGUCACAAACGACUCGCUCCCAUUUACGGGUAUCAUUGGAAAUCGAGCGAGGAACUUCUAGUGUUCAGGGCCCACGUUCCGACUGGAACUGUGGCUGACCUGGUGAAACGGUCAGCUGUGAAUCAAGUACGUGGAUCGGCAGUAUCCUAUAGCCAGCAUGAUUUCAGGACACAGCGCUUCGGUACAUUGUUCAUGUUAUUGAUGCACUUUGUUAUCUUCAUGAGCGGCACCAUGUGCACGGAAAGCUCAAUGGUGGGUCACAACUUCCUAUCACUAUCAUGUGGAUCUUUUCAGCUUCCAACCUUCUGCUCACAAUCUCAAAUGACAUAAUGUUGGCGGAUCCGUACAUCGACGGACUUCCGUGUCCUCAAAAGCGUCGAGCCCUUCUGGCUUCUCCUCCUGAGGCCUUCCAUUCUUGGGAGAGUUAUCCUUGUCUGACUCCGGCCUCUGAUAUCUGGUCUGUCGGAUGUGUUCUGGUCACAAUGGUCACCAGAUAUCCACCGUUUCUCGAUCAUUUUAUGCAUUUCCAUGGGGAUAAUUUGCACAGAGUAAGAUUUCAAGCCAUUAGAGAAAAGAGACGUCACCUAGAAUUCAGGAAAUGAUGACGGAAUGGAGCUCGCAUCGUCGGUUGAAAUAUUCUAGUAAAACGUUGAUUCCGGAAGCGGGAAAAGACAUCUGCGACCUGGUAGAUCAGCUGUUUAUUAUCGACCCGACUAAGCGACCAACUGCCCAAGCGCUCAUUGAUAUUUACAGUUCAAAGUCCAGAAAGACCUCCAUCAGAAACUCUCUAGCUUCUCUAGCGGCUGCGAAAGAGCCAGAGCCACCGAAACCUAUCGACGAUUAUUACGUGGAUCGACAAAACGAUGAACAGCACCGACAACUCGAGAGUCUGAGGGAAAGGGCCGAAAAGCUCCAGGAACAAAACGAGGUAAACAGAAAAGCGUAAGGAUCCGAGAAACGAAACAUUUUGCAGGGUGGCUUCCUUCCGUUCAUUCGAUGGUACCUUUCCAGAACUAUAAUAUUCCUAAUCAUGCUUCUCAAAUGGGUCGGAAUGGUUCUCUGUGCCGCAAUGAGUUUGGCCGUCGUCGCUGGAAGUGUCUUCUUUGCCAUUUUUCUAAUUUAUAAUGGAAUCCAGAUUGCCUGCCAGUGCACUUUGAAUGAAGGUCAGCAAAGUGUGGAAGAGCACUCCAAAACGCAUAGUUUUUUUUUCAGGUUUCAUAGUCUUAAUCGCGUUGAUCCUUCUGCCAAUCAUAAUUCUUCUGACCACAUUGUGCUGCAAUAACUCCCUCGAUAGAUAUAACGCCGACGUGGAAAGCGGAAGAGUUGAACGGUAAACAUUAUCUUACCGAACCAGUUAACAGAAAUAUUUCAGAAGUAAAUAUGUUAUGCGGACGCCGGAGAAGGACGUGGUGGCUUGUGGAUACAUCCUCAUCGAGGGCAAACCCCGGGAUAAGGACGAGAACUCGAGAAAAGUGAGUGCGGUACAAUACCCUGGAAUUAAAAAAAAACAAACGCGAAAAAAUUGGUCCGAGAUCCUUGCAGCUCGUAAAUCUAAAAAUUAUUUUCGCGAUUUACAAAAAACGCAUUGUCUUUAUUUGUGUGCCUAGUGUCGAGAUUGUUCCGAUAAAUGCGCGGCGGAUAUCUCGUUACGCGUAAUCCCGAGAAGGCAAGUUUUCUUUUUGCGAACAUCUGAAUGGACUGUGAAACAUUUUGGAUCAGAGUGAAACAUGAGAGAAAGAGUACGGCAGAUCACGGAGAACGUGACUUGUCGUAAACGUGUAUGCAGACUUUUUGACGAUUUGUGACGUGAAAAGUGGACUCUGGAACACAUCUCGGUUGUGCGGACGCAACAUUUCAAUUAAUGCAGAGAACCGUGCAUUUAACCAUUGAAACGAAAUGUACACUUUUCCUUAGAAGAAAGAGAAAGAUGCUACUGAUCCAAAUCUGAAAUUUUUUAAAAUCGCAAGCUGGGCGGCAUUGAGUUGAGGAACAAGUCCGGCAUGAGACUGAUCUUAGAUCUGAGAAGGGGGAAUUGGAAAAACACUGAAGUCGAUGUAAUUUUCGAACAUUUCUGAGAAUCUGAGACACUUGAGGAGAUGGUCCAAAUUAAGAACUCUCACCCUUACCAAACUACAGAGAAGUUGUACCAGAUCUUUGAGAGAGAUGUUCCCGAUCUUCUUCUAGGCACCGUCCACCGUGUAGUUUUUUUGAACAGCGCAAACAUUUCGAACCGAUUCGUCUUUCGAGAAUCGGACUACAUACAACCUGCCUCGCAGAUUCGUAUCGACACAAUCUCGAACGUUCAGACUUAUGAUGAACAAUAUAUCUAUAUAUGUAGAGAACAUUUCCAAAUCUUGGUAACAAGCUACCAAAUUUGUUUCAAAUUUUUGGCGCUCGCUGGACCCGACUGUUUUUUUCGUCUCCUUAUCUCACUCGAAUUCUUUGCAGAUCGGUCUUGCCGAAGGACUGGCGCAACUCAAUCGCGGCAUCCUCGGCGAUGUUGCGCGGAUUGCCUAA